AUGUCCAGCAGAAACUACACUCAAGUGACUGAGUUCAUUCUUCUGGGAUUAACCAGCCGUCCAGAGCUGCGCACUGCUUUCUUUGUCCUGUUUCUCAUGAUUUACAUGGUCACUGUGGUUGGGAAUCUUGGCAUGAUCAUUUUAAUCAAGAUUGAUUCUCGACUUCACACCCCCAUGUAUUUUUUUCUCUGUAGCUUAUCAUUUCUGGAUCUAUGUUUCUCUACAAAUGUUACCCCAAAGAUGCUUGAAAACUUUUUAUCAGACAAGAAAACCAUUUCCUAUACUGGUUGUUUGGUCCAGUGUUACAUUGUCAUUGCUGUGGUGCUGACUGAACACUGUAUGCUGGCUGUCAUGGCCUAUGAUCGUUACAUGGCCAUUUGCAACCCACUACUCUACAGCAGUAAAAUGUCAAAGAGCAUCUGUAUCCGGUUGGUCAUCAUUCCCUAUGUCUACGGAUUCCUUCUCAGUGUGAUGGAGACCUUGAGGACUUACAAUUUAUCCUUCUGUGAUGCUAAUGAAAUUAACCAUUUUUACUGUGCUGACCCCCCUCUCAUCAAACUAGCAUGCUCUGAUACAUAUAGUAAAGAGCUAUCCAUGUAUAUAGUGGCUGGUUAUAGCAAUGUCCAGUCCCUUCUGAUUAUUCUUACAUCAUACAUGUUCAUCCUUGUGGCCAUUCUCCGGAGCCGUUCUGCUGAAAGCAGGCGCAAGGCUUUUUCCACGUGUGGGUCCCACCUCACAGUGGUCACCAUAUUCUAUGGGACCCUGUUCUGUAUGCAUUUAAGGCGUCCCACUGAGGAGUCUGUAGAGCAGGGGAAAAUGGUAGCUGUGUUUUACACAACAGUGAUCCCCAUGUUGAACCCCAUGAUCUAUGGCCUCAGGAACAAAGAUGUAAAGGAGGCCCUGAAUAAAGCAAUUGGAAGGAAAGUUUUGACUAAAUAA